UUUUGACUUGUUUUGACAACCCCUAUUACCCAUUUCAAUAAUGACUACCAUAACGUUUACACCCUGUAUUAUACUCAAUUGACAUUGUAGCAUUAAUGCUAAAUAAAUCUUCAACACAUUCGUUUGACAAGUAUUUGUCAAACAGUGAUCCUCACGGUAAUCAAAGUUUUUGUAUUUAACCGUCAGACAGCUGUCAUGUCCUAAACCAUGUCGUUUAAUCUUAGAUUGCUUGUCGUUCUUUCGUUAUAUUUUCUCGUUCGUACGCAAGCAAACGUUCUACAGCUAAAAGAGUCGAAUUUCGAAUCGGAAGUUUCGAAAAACGACACGCUGGUAAUAUUCUACAGUCCCAAAUGUAAGUACUGCAAAACUGUGGACAUGAUAGUGGAUUACUUGAAAGAAAAACUUGACGAUGAAGCUAGAUUGGCGAAAGUAAAUUGUGAUAACGAAAGGAAUAUUUGUCGAAGGUUUUACGUAAGGACCUUUCCGAAAAUAUUGGGAUUUGGAAAUGGAACGAGGUUGAACAAAACGUCUGCGUUGUCCACUUAUGUCGACAAAGGGUAUAAAUACGAACUUACAGAGUCCGGUUGGAGAGGCAUAUACAAAAACGAAAGCGAUGUAGACGCAAUGAUCGGUGACAUAUUCGAAAAAGCUCAACGUUAUUACUACGCGCCAACCAAAAUCGUAUCGAGAAAAGACUUGCAACAGUUCACCACCUCUAACAAGUCGUCUGUAGUCGGUUUUUUCAAGCUCCAAACAGAAAUGUUCAAUGCCUUCGUUGAUACGAAUUACGCAAUGAAAAGAGGGUAUGAUGAUAUCCAGUUCGGUCUGUGUGUCUCCAAGAAUAUCUUGAACAAUAUCGAUAUACAGGGGAUAUUUUUUUAUCAGCCGCCACAUCUUCACAACGAACACGAGGAACCUGUGGUUAGGUACAAGCCGAGAGGUAAACCAACAGUGAAAAGGCUGACAGAUUUCAUUUUGAGGCUUCAUAGAGGCCUGGUGCCACAUAGGAAGUUAACCAACAAAGAGGAGUUUCAAACACCUUUGAUAAUAAUGUACUGUAUCUUCAAUUAUGAGAUUAACCCGAAAGAGUCGAAAUAUUGGAGGAAAAAAAUGCUGGAACUAGCUAUGAAGUAUCGUCGUAAAGUUCCUUUUGUCAUCAGUGAUAAAUACGAAUUUAAGGAUGAGCUGAGACAGUAUGGGGAAGUUGUUAAUGACAGUAAGCCUUUGAUUGUAUUUAAAGGUAUGAAGGAUGACAUUCGGAAGCUUAGUUUGGAUAGGAUAGAAGAUGAAAUUGAUGGAUUGUUUAAUUCUUGAGCAUGUGAUCGUUAUUCAAUAAAUGAGUAGUUACAA